AUGCAGCAAACCACAACAAAUACAGCAGAGGAGGGCCAUCACCUCCCAACCGAGAUCUUAAUUAAGAUAGUCGAAUCUCUAAUUGCAGACGCCGCCGCCAAAUGCCUACCCGUCAAUUGGAAAAUACACACGGGAGCCACCCGCAAAGAUGAAAUCACAGUCUACGAAGCACCCGAUGGCCAAAAAGCCACGAACCUAGUGGCUUCCUUGAAACGCUUCAACAGUAUCCGGCUACCAUUGCAAAUCUGCGCCUGGACACGGGACCUAGUCACGCAAAGCUUCCCCCCCUUGCCAUUCCGUGUUCCCUAUCACCAGUAUGAACCCCGCCGCCGCAGGAUGGAGACCUACGUCUGGACGCGGCCAGACAUUGACAUCUUCUGGCCCCAGCGCAAAGGCCCCAGCUUCUGGUGGCCGAGGUGGACAGACUACAUGUACGACGCAGACGACCACCGCUUCUGCCUGUCCGGCUCGACAAACGACCUCCGUCACCUCCAAAUGGUCAGAUUCGACUGGCUUCGCUCUGGACUGGGAGACGGCGAGGACCUGGACCGGGCCAUUUUGUGGUGCCUGUCCCUCCCCAACCUCAAGCAGAUCGGCAUCCACACGCACGACACGAACCCCAGCCACGCAGAAGAGUUGCUUAGAGGCAUGGGAUCGAACCAAUGGACGCCCCAGUAUCUUCACAUGGUUGGUCUAUCUUCUUCAAUUACUCUGGCGCUGCAAAACCUUACGGAGGAACGCAACGGGCAGUGGGAGGCGCUUCGGGACAGGGGAAUCUCGGUUGUUGUCUAUGACCGCCAGCAUUCAAUCGAGAAUGCUCUGCUAGAGCUUUUCCUUGACGAUAUGGGUAUCUGCUUCAAGCUCCUGCAUCGGUAG